AUGAAGGAAUCGCAAACCAAGAAUGGUGUAUCAGGGGAUUACCACCGCCUGUCGGGCAAUGAACCCCGAGGGUCAGGCAUGAAAGAGUUGGACCCAACUAGCAGCUCGAGGCUGUACCAGUGCGGGACGGAUCUCGAUCAGACGAUCAAGGAUCCAGAAGCAACUCUCGAUCAUUCGAUCAAGAACCUGGAACAAAUUCUCGAUCAAUGGAUCAAGAGUCCAGGCACGACCAGGAAUGAAGCCCAGGAUCGAUGGGGCUACUCGUGCCUGUCCCCUCCGCCCAACGCUUGCAUAAAAGCAGGAGGGGGACCCUUGAACUUGCCCCUUAACAGCGUACAUGGGAUUUCCACUGCUUUAACUAGCAAUGAACCCCACCAGCCAAGUCCUAGUGCUGGCAGUACCUGCUGUGUCCAAGCCACUGCAAAUACCCCUUUGGGGCACACGUACAAUGCAGAGGAGCCUACCGGUGAUACGCCUGGUAUCAGGCUACCUGUAGAUUUUGCGAUUUUACAUCAGUUUAUGCAAUCUACAAGCGGUACAGAGGGCUACAGUGGAGGCUUCACGCUGAUUGACGAUCUAGACACUUGUUUCAUUUGCGCGCUGCCCGUUACCGAGCACAUCACCGGUUCGACAGGCAACCAAGGGUGGAACCUUGGGGGUGCGACGUCAUUGUUCCCUGCAGGUGACGUCCACCAUAUGGGAGGUCAAAGCGAGGACUAUAUAGUCCAACUCAUGGGAAAGUUGCAUAUCGUGGCAGUGGGUCCAGAUGAUGGUGAACUGGCAUCUCCUCUGUGUAUCAAGGUUCCCCAACGACAGACCACUUCGGUGAUGGUGAGGUCAGGGAAUCCAGGCGAGCCUAGGGACGAAGCCGAGGGCCGGUGGAGCCCAGCGGACCCAAUGGCGGACUGUUGUAAAGCCUCUGGAGAUAACCCAGCACCACACGUGGACCCAAGUAGAAAGGAUAACCCAGGAAUGGCCACCUCUAUCAUAGAGGACACCAGCCGAAAAAGCUCAAUUGCCCACAAGGAACAAGCGGGUCGAACAGGGGAGAGAGACUCCCCCUUUCAGGUACAUCUCCCCUUCAAGGAUAGCACUGAUGGCAGGGAAAAUCCUAGUUAUUUAAAGAGUUUAUGGAACUCUCCAAAAUACAGUGAAGUCCCAACUAACCCGAGUGGGUGUCUGCACCGAGGCGAAAGGGAACUGACCAGUCGCACGGUCAUAGGAGCAGGGCCUUUGCAGCCUAUGAACUGUGACGAUGAGAGGAAGACCCCAAUACCACCAGCAUCGGUGGAGUACUCUCAGGGCUCCCAAUGGCUGAAGCCCUUCGGAGCUGCCUGGACUUGGUGA